AUGGCGGGCGCACCGAGGAAGAAGAUGGUGGGGCGGUACGAGGUGGGGUGGACCAUCGGGCACGGGUCUUUCGCCAAGGUGAAGUUCACCGUCGACGCCGACACGGGCGUCCCCGUCGACAUGAAGGUGCUCGACAAGGCCACCAUCCUCAACCACCGCAUGCUGCAACAGAAUUGUCAUUGGCGAGUGAAUGAGGGUGCCGAGCUCAUUGACUCCAUCCUCGACGUCGUCUGCAAGGAGGCCGAGAACCGCGACUGCCUCCAAGGUUUCCAGGUGUGCCAAUUGCUGGGCGGCGGCACGGGGUCCAACAUGGGCGUGCUGCUCAUCUCCAACAUCCGGGAGGAGUACCUGGACUGCAUGAUGCUCACCUUGUCUGUCUUCCCCUACUGCCGCCCGCAGCCUCAGAUCAGACAAGAUAGUUUGUUGUUUGUUAUUUUUUGUUUUACAAGUAUAAUCAUCUGCGUAGCUCGCGACUGACAAGACGAUGAUACAUCCGAGUGUAUUUCCCUGUUUUGUUUCAGGAUAUGUUUUAGUAGGAUUUUGCUUGU